GUAGAGUUUAUCGCCGACGAUCAGAAUCUUAAGCAGUUGAAUGACAACUGGGAUAUUCUCGGACCGGACUACCUUGAUUUUAAUUAUACCAUCCCCAAAGAAAAACACGCCGAGAUUGCUCGUCUCGUUAAGAAACAUUACUUUAGUACAAAACCGAUCGAUCGACAGAGUACGAAGGAACUGAUACAAAUGUCGAGUGAUCGCUUCUUCGUGGUGGAUAGCGAGAAGGCUGCGCGAAUGCAAGCCAAAGUAAAUAGGAAUCCAGUCUGGUACUACUAUUUCAGUUACAGAGGAGCGCAAAGUUUAAGCGAUGCGUACAGCGGUACCACUGUAGAUUAUGGAGUCUCUCACGGUGACGACGUAGUCUACGUAUUAAAUACUUCCUGGGUAGACCCAACGACAACACAAAAGGAUCGCGAUAUGCAGAAACAAUUAAUUGACUUUUGGGUAUUGUUUGCUACGGAAGGAAUUCCAAAAAUAGCCAAUGUGGAAUGGCAAAAAUUAAAUCCUUCGAAGAAAGAACUUCAUUAUUUGCAUAUAGCUGGCCCUGAUCGAAUUAACAUGGACAGCAAUGCUAAUCUUGGAGAGAAGGAAUUCUGGAAUUCGAUUAAUUUCAACGAGAAUAUAUUGAAGCACAAAACUCGAAUUAAUAAAGAAGAGCUUUAAAUAAUAAUUUACAGAACAGAACACAAAUGUUUUUUUCUAAACUAGAUUUAAAUUUUGUUCAAGAUUUUGUU